AUGAUGGACUCGCACUCGCUGGGCCGGAGUCGGCAGACUCCCGCUGCCAGAAACCACAUUGUUUACACCGACCAUAAAGGACGAAAAAUACCGUACGCUGACAAGAUCACUCCGGAGCCAAUACUGCACAACAAUACCAGUAGAGACACAAAGGCUGACUCCAUCAGGAAUAGCUAUAACAGUCAGUUCAAAGUAGGCAUUUACGGCUGGCGGAAGAAAUGUCUAUACAUACUGGUCAUGACUCUUAUGUUGAUGAUGGUCAUCAAUCUCGCACUGACGUUAUGGGUACUUAAAGUCUUGGAUUUUAAUUCGGAAGGAAUGGGUCAACUCCGUAUAGUACCUGGGGGAUUACAACUGUUAGGGCAAGCUCUAAUGUUGGAUUCUCUGUUUGCGUCUACCAUCAAGUCACGUCGAGGGUAUCCAAUUUACAUGGAAGCUUCUCGAAAUUUUACUGUUUCUACUAGAGACUCGCACGGAUUGUUACAGAGUAGAUUAUAUCUAGGCCACGAUCGUUUCGAAGUGAACGUUGGUCGGUUAGAAGUGCGGGACGCCCGGGGAGCGUUGUUACUUGGCGCGGGGCAGGACUCGGUCACAAUCGGGGCUGAAACACUGACGGUGGUCAGCCCUGCCGGUGUCACCAUACAAGCCGCCGCGCAGACACCCCUAGUCAAAGCCCCCCCUUCAAAACCAUUGGUGUUGGAGUCACCGACGCGUUCGCUGGAGAUGCAUGCGGCACAGAACAUAGUGCUGGAGUCCCGCGCCGGUGACAUCAGCGCCAGCUGCCUCACUACCUUCCGACUCCGAUCUGUCGCCGGCUCGAUUCGCCUAGAUGCACCCAGUAUAUUCAUGCCAAAGUUAAAAUCGGCGUUGCCACUGCCACCGUCCGCGCACACACAUGAUCCACACCACCAGAACAUUUACCAACUGUGCGCAUGCGCAAACGGCAAGCUGUUUCUCGCCCCGCCCCACGGCGUCUGCGCAGCGAGAGAAGAGAGCCUUAUAUGCCGAUGA